AUGCAGACCUCUUACAUCUUCACCACCAUCCUUGCCGCUGCCGGCCUCGUCGCUGCCCUUCCCCAGCAGGCUACCCCCACUACCACGGCCACCGCCACGGUUUCCGCCACCCCUACCUGCUCUCCCGGCCCCGUCGUCGACUACACCGUUGUCUCCGGCGACACCUUGACCAUCAUCUCCCAGAAGUUCAGCUCCGGCAUCUGUGACAUCGCCAACCUCAACAGCCUUGCCAACCCCAACCUGAUCCUCCUCGGCCAGGUCCUCAAGGUCCCCACCUACGUCUGCAACCCCGACAACACCUCUUGCUUGGCCAAGCCUGGCAACGAGCCCUGCGUCAAGGACGGCCCUGCCACCUACACCAUCAAGGCCGGCGACACUUUCUUCAUUGUCGCCCAGAGCUUCAACCUCGACGUCAAUGCCCUUCUCGCCGCCAACGAGGGUGUCGACCCUCUCCUGCUCGAGGUCGGCCAGGUCAUCAACAUCCCCGUUUGCAAGGCAUAA